AUGAACUCUCAAGGCCCCAACGAUGUGUCGCCCGAGGCGAUGCAGGCGCGCAUCCAGCAAGCGCGACGCGAGGCUGAGACACUCAAGGAUAGGAUCAAGCGGAAGAAGGAUGAGCUCGCCGACACUACUCUCCGCACUGUCGCCCAACAGGCACACGAGCCGAUUCCCAAGAACCAGCUGAUGAAGGCCAAGCGCACGCUUAAGGGACAUUUGGCCAAGAUUUACGCCAUGCACUGGUCGACUGAUAGGAGACAUCUGGUCUCCGCCUCGCAGGACGGCAAGCUCAUCAUUUGGGAUGCCUACACCACGAACAAGGUCCACGCGAUUCCUCUACGAUCAUCCUGGGUCAUGACCUGCGCCUACGCCCCCAGCGGUAACUACGUGGCUUGCGGUGGCCUCGACAACAUUUGCUCCAUCUACAACCUCAACCAACAGAGGGAGGGCCCUACCCGCGUCGCAAGAGAACUGUCUGGCCAUGCGGGCUAUUUGUCGUGCUGUCGAUUUAUCAACGACCGGAGCAUCCUCACCUCUUCUGGUGACAUGACUUGCAUGAAGUGGGAUAUCGAAACAGGCCAAAAGGUCAUCGAGUUUGCCGACCAUCUCGGCGAUGUCAUGAGUAUCAGCCUUAAUCCGACCAACUCCAACACAUUCAUUUCUGGCGCCUGCGAUGCCUUCGCCAAGCUAUGGGACAUCCGUGCCGGCAAGGCUGUGCAAACAUUUGCUGGUCACGAAUCUGACAUUAACGCCAUCCAAUUUUUCCCCGACGGUCACUCUUUCGUCACCGGUUCAGACGAUGCAACUUGCCGACUCUUUGACAUUCGUGCAGACCGAGAAUUGAACCUCUAUGGGGUAAGUGCGAUGGAAAUCAACGUAUCGCAAAGAUGUCACAACUCGCUAACCUUGACCGCCCAGUCGGAAUCUAUUCUUUGUGGCAUCACCUCUGUGGCUACCUCAGUCUCUGGACGGUUAUUGUUCGCCGGUUACGAUGACUUCGAGUGCAAGGUUUGGGACGUAACGCGCGGAGAAAAGGUUGGCUCACUCGUCGGCCACGAGAACAGAGUCAGUUGCUUGGGUGUGAGCAACGACGGCAUCAGCUUGUGCACAGGUUCCUGGGAUUCUCUUCUGAAAAUCUGGGCAUACUAA